ACUAGUUUUAAACCGUCUGCCUCCCCCCAGCCGGCCGCCCCCUUUCUUCAAUGAAAACUGAGAUUGCGGGGGGUGGAAAAGACCAUGAAAGGACAGAGCUGGACAGAGACACUUUUAAGGGCUGUUUGUUUGGGGUAGUGUUUGUGGCUUGUCCCCCGACUUUUUAUUUUAAGAAAUAGAAGCUAAGGACUUUCUCCCAGGAGAGAUACAGCGCUUUAACAACGUCCAACUGGUCCCGCUCGCGCCCGUGCGCUCACUCAGAUUGAGCGCGAGCUAACAGAAGUUAGCUGGACGGCUAUCGGCGGCGGGUGAGGGGGACAAUACGGAGAGGCGAGAGGGGUCGACAGAGAGCGCCGUCGUCCAACCUAGUAGCAUGUCACCCUCGGGAAGAAGUAACUCAAGCUUUGGAUGAGGUUCCGUGGCGCAGUUCGAUCGCAGAGACUUUUUGACGUGACGGUGGGUUGGGAUGUUUCUGUCAGCGCGGGGCUCUGGUGGAGGCGCGGCGUCGGCGGUGUCCCGGGGUUGGCCGCAUACGGUACUGUGGAGACUGGGGGGUUUCUUUCUCCUCCUGCUUCUCGAAGGGGCCCGUUGCCUCGCCAACCCGAGCAACGCGCCGGGCAUAAACAAUAACAAUAGGCCGAAUAUGAACGUCUUCAUGAGCGAGGAAGAGGUCAAGAAACUCUUGGGUCUUGAUGCUGAGUUGUACUAUGUGAGGGAUGAUGUGAUAAAUCAUUAUGCCCUUUCUUUCAUCCUGCCUGUCCCCAGUGACACUAACAGCCUGCAUUUCACAUGGCACUCCAGCAGCAAGGUGGAUUACAGGUUAGAGUUUCAAGUGGAAAACACUUCAGCCAUGGAUCAACCUCAGAGCAACAUCUCUGCUCAGGGGGAGGUCCCACGCACUCGUUCAGUGUUCAGAGUGGACCUUUUCUGCUCUGGAAAGGCUGAUGGAGAGGCUGUGCUAACGGUGCAGUUGAACCUGACUACACCAGUCAACAACUUCACAGUGCUCAACUUCAAACGCAGGAAAAUGUGUUACAGAAGAAUUGAGCAACCAGAGCCCCCCAAAACUCUGCCAUUCCCAAACACAACCAUACAGAGAAUAGACCCGAGCAGUUCAAAUGCUCCCACCACAUCCACACGAGUUUUCUACAUCAGCGUGUGUGUGUGCUGCAUCGUCAUCUUCCUGGUAGCCAUCAUCCUCGCUGUGUUACACCUUCACAGCAUGAAGAGAGUGGAAAUGGAUGACAGCGUUAGCGACAGUGGAAGCUCUCAGGGUCUGUCUCAGCCGUCCACCCAGACCACCCAGUACCUGAGGGCAGACACCCCCAACAACGCUACACCUGUCACCAAUGCUCAUACUGGCUCUGCACCCAUGCUCCAGCUUGCAGGCGCCUCCUUCCCUCACCCUGGUGCCCCCUCGCAUGAAACCAAAAGUUAUCCCUCGCUGCGGAUUGAGAAGAAUGACUUGAGAAGUGUCACUCUCCUUGAGGCCAAGGCAAAGGUCAAAGACAUCGCCAUCUCCAGAGAGAGAGUCACACUACGAGACGUCUUACAUGAAGGGACCUUUGGCCGCAUUUUUCAUGGAGUCUUGCUUGACGAGAAGGACCCAAGCAAAGAGAAACAAGUCUUUGUGAAAGCAGUGAAAGAUCACGCCUCAGAGGUACAGGUGACCAUGAUGCUUACAGAAAGCUGUAAACUACGGGGCCUUCACCACAGAAUUGAUAACAGUAUGCAAGUGAAGAUCACAGACAAUGCGCUGGCCCGUGAUCUCUUCCCCAUGGACUACCACUGCCUCGGAGACAAUGAGAACCGACCCGUUCGCUGGAUGGCUUUGGAGAGUUUGCUUAACAAUGACUUCUCUAGUGCCAGUGAUGUGUUACCCACAAAGGCCAUCUCUCAACAAGACCUGGUCCACAUGGCAAUACAGAUUUCAUGUGGGAUGAGCUAUCUGUCACGGAGGGAGGUUAUUCACAAAGACCUGGCUGCCAGAAACUGUGUAAUUGAUAACAGUAUGCAAGUGAAGAUCACAGACAAUGCGCUGGCCCGUGAUCUCUUCCCCAUGGACUACCACUGCCUCGGAGACAAUGAGAACCGACCCGUUCGCUGGAUGGCUUUGGAGAGUUUGCUUAACAAUGACUUCUCUAGUGCCAGUGAUGUGUGGGCUUUCGGGGUUUCUCUGUGGGAGCUGAUGACCUUGGGACAGACUCCUUAUGUUGACAUUGACCCCUUCGAGAUGGCUGCCUAUCUGAAAGACGGCUACAGAAUAGCACAACCCAUCAACUGCCCCGAUGAACUAUUUGCAGUGAUGGCGUGUUGCUGGGCCUUGGAUCCGGAGGAGAGACCAAAAUUCCAACAGCUCGUCCAGUGCCUCACUGAGUUCCACGUAGCGUUAGGGGCCUACGUCUAAACUCGCUCAAACCGGCCGAGUUGUUGAACAGCACUAUUGCAGAGAGUGAAGGUUAAUGCAGUGCCUUACUUUAUAAAAAAAAAAAAAAAUAGCCAUUUUGUAAAGUGCUUUUAUUUCAUGCAAUAUGAAAUGUGGCUUUAUUUGGAAGAUGUAGAUGUUGGAGGUCAGGAUCUUUUGUAUAUCACAGCUGCGUGAAUAUCAAGGGCUAUUUCUGAUUCUCAAGAAUAUCAUCCACACUUGUUUGGAAUGCUGGUAUUAGAGUGUCCACAUGAAGCUGCUGAUCUCUUUGUUUCACGAAGAAGCUUUUUUUUUAUAAUAGGAAUGCCAAGAAACUGACCUAAAAGUCAGGACAUUUCCUUUUGGACAUUUUAAAUAUUGCGCAGAGUAAUCUGUACAUAUAUUUUCAAAGACUUCAGUGAGAAGAGCUUCAUCUCAUUAGGUCUCACUGCAUUAGUUUGUGCCUUUAUUUGAUCUAAAAAGACAGUUUGGUGAGAAAACAGGUCUCCACUGCAGAACAAAACGCCUCAUCCUGGGCACAGCAGUUUUCUUUUUUCUUUUUGGGACUAAAGAUGGUGGAGCCCUACAGCUGACCAUAAGCUGAAGCAACAUGUUGGGAUCCUGCAAGUCAAUCUGGACUUUGGUACAGGGUUUUUUCAGAUUCCUAAAGUUUUUGAUGUUUGACUGUUCUGUGUCAGAACAAUGCCUUCCUUGUAUGUUUAAAUCUGUAUGAAUACAUGGACAACAAAAGAAACAUGAGUCAUUGUGAAUAUUUGAAGUGUACGGCCUAGACACCAUUUUCAAAUUCGUUGUUCCCAAUCUAUAGGCUCUUCUUUCUCUUCUUGUGAUCACUGCAUGUUGACUUUUUUAAAGGGUUUUGUGUAAACUGAAUUCAUACCUAUCAAUUAAAUGAGGCCUUUAAAUAAAAUGGGAUCUCAGUUUUAGUGUUGCUGUUUGUUGCUUUAAUGCAUGAUUUGGUCCGGAGAAUGGUUUUAUCCCAUAUACAAACUUUUUCACCCCCUCUUCAUUCUUGAUACAAUAGGAGCAUCUAUUUUUAGUGAUCAAAGCUGUUGUGAACUGUUCUGAAUGGAACUAUUUUGCAAUAGUUUCCGCCUUACUCUGGUGUCAUGAUAAAAGUGUUGUGCUCUUAAUACAUAAUAACAUUGAGAGAGCAGCCAAAAGGCUAUUAGUAACUUGUGGGCUGGCCAACUACAUAUAUGUG